UGCGUGCGUACGUGCUUGCGUACGUGUUUGCGUGUGGUCAUAGUUCCCGCCAUCAGCUGCUCUCCCUGCCCAGGGGGAGCGAGCGGCCUGGCGCCUUCGGGCCCGGAGUUUUUUUUUUGGUCUUUUCUGCCGGCUCUCGCCGUUCCGCGUGGCCUCCGUGCUCUCGGCAGGCCAGUCGGGAGCUCCGGCCUCUGGCACAGCUAAGUCAUAACAUUAAAAAUGUGGUGCUGCGACCCAGUGGAGCAAAACAAAGUCGCCUGAUGUUAACUCUUCAAGAUAACAGCUUCUUGUCCAUUGACAAAGUACCAAGUAAGGAUGCAGAGGAGAUGAGGUUGUUUCUAGAUGCAGUUCAUCAAAACAGACUUCAUGCAGCCAUUAAACCUUCUCAGGGAUCUGGGAGUUUUGGAGCCAUCCUGGGUAGCAGAGCCAGCAGAGCCUCACAGAAGGAGACAAGCAGACAACUUUCUUACUUAGAUACCCAGGUUUCUUCAAAAAGAGGAAGUUUUGAAGCUAGAGAUGAUAUUCCAUUUAGAAAAGUUCUUGGUAGUCCAAGUAGAGGAUCGGUUAAGGCUGUUCCUGGAAGUGGAAUGGCUGUCCCUCGUUCAGUUCCUUCUUUGACAUCUACAUCAUCUCCACUUAGAGCAGGAUUAUUAGAAAACCGGACUGAGAAGAGGAAAAGAAUGCUAUCGUCUGGCUCAGAGCUGAAUGAAGAUUACCCUAAGGAAAAUGACUCCUCAUCAAACAACAAGGCUAUGGCAGAUCCCUCGAGAAAAUAUUUAACCAGCAGUAGAGAAAAGCAGUUGAGUUUGAAGCAGUCAGAAGAGAAUCGGUCACCAGGGCUUUUACCAUUGCAGUCGUCAUCAUUUUAUGGUAGCAGAGCUGGAUCUAAGGACAACACUGUUGCUGGUACUAACCUAGACAGGUCUAAUGUUUCGGGCCAAAGUCCUUCUGCCAAAAGAAGUUUGGGAUUUCUUCCUCAGCCAGCUCCUCUUUCUGUUAAAAAACUGAGGUCUAACCAGGAUUAUACUGGCUGGAACAAACCCAGGAUGCCCCUUUCUUCUCACCAGCAGCAGCAACUGCAAGGCUUCUCCAACUUGGGAAAUACCUGCUAUAUGAAUGCUAUUUUACAGUCUCUAUUUUCACUCCAAUCAUUUGCAAAUGACUUGCUUAAGCAAGGUAUACCAUGGAAGAAAAUUCCACUCAAUGCGCUUCUCAGACGCUUUGCACACUUACUCAUUAAAAAAGAUAUCUGUAAUUCAGAAACCAAAAAAGAUUUACUUAAGAAGGUUAAAAACGCCAUUUCAACUACAGCGGAGAGGUUCUCUGGUUAUAUGCAAAAUGAUGCUCAUGAGUUUUUAAGUCAGUGCUUAGACCAGCUGAAGGAAGAUAUGGAAAAAUUAAAUAAAACAUGGAAGACUGAAUCUGUUCCUGGAGAAGAAAAUUCACCGGAUAUUACAGCUACCAGAGUUUACACGUGCCCUGUUAUUAAUAAUUUGGAAUUUGAGGUUCAGCACUCCAUUAUUUGUAAAGCAUGUGGAGAGAUUAUUCCCAAAAGAGAACAGUUUAAUGACCUUUCCAUUGACCUUCCUCGAAGGAAAAAGCCACUCCCUCCUCGUUCAAUUCAGGAUUCUCUUGACCUCUUCUUUAGGGCAGAAGAACUUGAGUAUUCUUGUGAGAAGUGUGGUGGGAAGUGUGCUCUUGUCAGGCACAAAUUUAACAGGCUUCCCAGAGUCCUCAUUCUUCAUUUGAAACGGUAUAGCUUCAAUGUGACUCUCUCGCUUAACAACAAGAUCGGGCAGCAAGUCAUCAUUCCGAGAUAUCUAACUCUGUCAUCUCAUUGCACUGAAAACACAAAGCCACCUUUUGCUCUUAGUUGGAAUGCACACUUGGCCAUGAAAUUUACCUUCAAAUCCAAGAGCUCUUUGCCUUUAUGCCUUGAUUCAGACAGUGAGGAUGAGCUAAAGCGCUCUGUGGCCUUCAGCCAAAGACUUUGUGAACUAUCAGGCAAUGAACAGCAGCAGGAAGACCUGGAAAAAGAUCCAAAAUUAUGCAGAAUAGAGCCUGGUAAGCCUGAAUUGGAAAAUACAGGAUUUGACAGGAUGAAUGAAGAAGAGCUAAUAGCAGCCGUCCUAGAGAUAAGUAAGAGAGAAGCUUCUCCAUCUCCAAAUCAUGAGGAUGAUGACAAGCCAACCAGCAGUCCAGAUACUGGGUUUGCAGAUGAUGACAUUCAAGAAAUGCCUGAAAAUCCUGACCCUGUGGAAACUGAGAAACCCAAAACAAUCACAGAGCCAGAUCCUGCCAGUUUUGCUGAGAUAACUAAAGACUGUGAUGAGAAUAAAGAAAACAAGACUCCAGAGGGAUCUCAGGGAGAUGUUGAUUGGCUCCAGCAGUACGACGUGGAGCGGGAACGGGAAGAGCAAGAGCUUCAGCAGGCGCUGGCUCAGAGCCUGCAAGAGCAAGAGGCUUGGAAAGAGAAAGAAGAUGAUGACCUCAAAAAAGCCACUGAGCUAAGUCUUCAAGAGUUUAACAACUCUUUCAUGGACUCCUUGGGUUCUGAUGAGGACUCUGGAAAUGAGGAUGUUUUUGAUAUGGAGUACACAGAGGCUGAAGCUGAAGAAUUGAAAAGAAACGCCGAGACAGGAAAUCUUCCUCAUUCCUAUCGACUCAUCAGCGUUGUCAGUCACAUUGGCAGCACCUCUUCUUCAGGUCAUUACAUUAGUGAUGUGUAUGACAUUAAGAAACAGUCUUGGUUUACUUACAAUGACCUGGAAGUCUCGAAAAUCCAGGAGGCUGCUGUGCAGAAUAAUCGGGAUCGGAGCGGUUACAUCUUCUUUUAUAUGCACAAGGAGAUCUUUGAUGAGCUGCUGGAAACAGAAAAGAACUCCCAGGCACCCAGCAUGGACGUGGGGAAGACAACUCGGCAGGCCUUGUGAGGAGCACACCUGGGCUGGCAGUGUGCACUGCGGCUUCUCCUUCUGCUACCCACCUCACCCCUCCUCUACUUGAUGUGGGAGGAACAAACAGCUCAGGGCCAAACCAAAAGACAAAAAUUGUAGUUAGAUGGAAUGUUCCAUGCUAAUUGUUUUAUGGAAACCUUGGUCUCACAUCUGUAA